AUGGCGGGUGAUGAGAGUGACAGCGAUCUCAAACCCUCCCAAGUAGUUAUAGUGAGAGAAGUUUAUGAUAGUGAAAAUGCACAUAUUAAAUUUGAAAUGGAAUUGGAAAGAGCCCUUGAGGCUGGAGUGAGCAUCAUCGUAAUAGAACCUGAGCCUCUUGGAGAAGAAACCGCGAGAUGGAUAUAUGUAGGCAACCUCUUACAUAAAAUAUCUGUAUAUAGUGGCUUAUGUAGCAUCGCUUCAGGUGUUACAUGGAGUUCUUUGGCUUGCACCCCCUUUGGUGUAGUGUCAGUUUUGUGCGCUGGUUGUUAUACAUUGUCGUGGCAAUGGGAUCCUUGUUGCAAAUAUCAAGAGGAGAAAGAUCUUCGUCGCCUAUCCAAACUACCAGUUUUAAGUGAUCUAACAUCAGCCUCACCCGUUGUUCUUGUACAUACUGAUAAUAGGAAAAAAAUACUUCUACAUAGCACAGUAUCAUUAACGGCAGCUGCAAUUUGCUUAUGGAGAAUUUACAACACAUUCAAGUGA